AUAUUGUCUCAGAACAAAAUUCCCUAACGUGAGCGUUUGGUACACAGAUUAUUAAUGGUUUGGUACGCGGUUUUAUCGCGCUAGUUUCACGAGAAGAUUGGUUUUCUAAAUUUCCCAUGUUGGCAGAUGAACUAUUACAAAGAAUACACCAAUGAUACCAAUUAAAAAGAACGUUGUUUACAACGGCAGUUGUUUUAUUAAUGCGCGUGUUUCAUGAACAAUCUAGAGUGCGACUGGUGGCUGCGCAAGGAAAGUGUCGUUGGCGAGGUUAACUUGACGACGUUCUAAUCGCUGUUUGCGUUCCAUCCCGUGCGAUUGUCUUUUUUCUUCAGUGUGCUUAAUUAUUUGUUUAAAUGAACCACGAACAGAAAGCGUUGCAUUUGGACAGUAAAAUUGCUGUGGGAGAUGUCCGAGAACAUAGAUGAAUUACGGAGUAUGCUAUUUUCCUUCCGGGUUUCUGAACUGCAAAUGCUAUUAGGUUACGCAGGGCGCAACAAAACCGGGCGUAAAACUGAACUUCAACAGAGAGCUUUAGAACUUCUUCGUGUUAGGUCACAGUCAGUUCACCAAAAAAUUAGAGAUCUGCAUAAAACUAUUCAACAAAACGGUUCUCUACUUCCAAUUCAGUCAACUUCACCACCGACCACACCAACUGGUAACGUCUCACCUAACAUGCCACAACAUCCUGCAAACAUUCCACGAGCAGCUGUAAACCCCUUCAAUAUGGAUACGCGUGCACAUGUAACUAGGCAAACACGGUCAGCCGCCGCCGCUGCAGUGGCAGCCGCCACUUACUCCCAGCAUCAGAACAUGUACCAACAGAGCUAUCACAAUACGCAGCAAUACCAAGCUGCACCUCGCGGAAUCGCGCCUACUAACAUAGUCAAUAAUUAUCCGGUCCAUCCCGAUGUAGAGUUCAAACGACUUCCUUUCUUUGAUGUCGUCGCAGAGCUUAUCAAACCGUCGACACUUAUGCCUAUGACGUCAACACGCGUACAGGAAUGCAAUUUUUACUUUCAUCUGACUCCACAGCAAGCUACGGACAUAGCUCAGUCGAGAGAUGUGCGUCACAACAGUCGCGGCGAAUAUUUCAAACAGAUCCAGAUGAGAUUCUGUUUGAUGGAGACCUCUUGUAAGCAGGAGGACUUUUUCCCACCUGGUAUUGUUGUUAAAGUUAAUAACAAGCAAUGCCCAUUACCAAAUCCUGUUCCGACGAAUAAACCAGGUGUUGAACCAAAGCGGCCACCGCGGCCUGUGAAUAUUACCCAAUACAUCAAAUUAAGCCCCACAUCAGCAAACACUAUAAAUGUGCAAUGGAUGCAUGAUUAUGGCAGAGUGUAUGCUAUCACUGUAGCCCUAGUUCACAAACAAGCAUCGUCUGAUCUUCUACAACGAUUGAAAACGCGUGGGGUUAAACAUGCAGAUAUUACUAGAGGAUUAAUUCAAGAAAAAUUAAAUGAAGAUGCGGACAAUGAAAUUGCCACGACUUCUCUCCGCGUCUCACUAAUGUGUCCCCUUGGCAAGAUGAGAAUGACGAAUCCCUGCCGAGCGAAAACAUGCAAUCAUCUGCAGUGUUUCGACGCGUCGUUAUACCUGCAGAUGAACGAACGUAAACCGACUUGGACGUGUCCCGUCUGCGAUAAGCCCGCGUUGUACGAGGAUCUAGACGUUGACGGGUACUUCCAGUUAGUGCUCAACUCUCCUGAAGUAAGUUCCGAUAUCAAAGAAAUUCAGCUGCACAAAGACGGCUCGUGGAGCGUGCAGAACGAGGUGAAACCAGCGCCGGUCGCUAAACCCGUUCAAAAAUCAGCAAGUUUGGAUGACUCGAUUGAAAUUAUCGACGAUGACUAUCUACCAAGUUCAAAUGCUACAUCAUCCUCUGAGCUUACAAAACUUGAGGCUAAAGAAGAGUUGAAGGAUCAGGAAGCUACCACACCCAUUAUGGAAAAAUCUGUUGUAGAUUUAACGAUUUCAGACUCGGAUGAUGACGAACCGCUUGCAAAACGACGAGCAAUUAUGACCAAACCGGAUUCAACGAAUAAAUUUUCUGAUACUACGAGUAUCUCAUCUAGCAGCAAUCAGUCGCGCGUAUCUGUAACGCCCGGUCCUUCGUCUGUGUCGUCGUCUGGUUACCCGAUCAGUCCUUCGGGCGUGAUUGCUUUGGACAGUCCUUCGCCUCCCCCAUCAUCACCUCAAAAUUUGGCUACAACACAAUCGCAACCUGCGUCUUGUAUGAUGGCUAAUGGUUCCUCGGCGGCUGCACAGUCGCCAAUGUUUAGUCCAACCAUGCCGUAUCUCAACGCAGAAGGUGACGGCAGUUCGGCACAGAAUAUAAACAAUUACUACUAAUAGAGCGUCGGCAGUCAAUAAUUGACCAGAUUGAGUGGGAGUAACACAUAAAAGUGUACUGUCGAUUUUACCGAAACAAACUAUAUUUUUUAUUUUAGUCGAUUUAAGUAACAUUAGUCUAUCAUCAUAAAUAUCAUUGGUAACCUGCAAAUAAUUUAUUUUCUUUUUGUUCAUCCCAUACGCAUAAAUAUAAAUCUUACUGUAUAGUUUAUAAUGGUUAAGUUUUGUUACUUCUAAUUUAUAUUUAAGAGUAGGUCAUUAGCUGCGCCUGCAAUUCUCAUGUUUACAUUAGUUAGAGCAAAGAACAUUAAAUAAGUGUUUAAUGUCACACAUUUGGAUAAUA